UUUCGCUGAUUCAUUUGUGUUCUGAGUUGAGUUUCGAUUUUUAAAAAAGUUUACAUUUCAUCUUCUGUCAUUUGAAUUUUCUAAAUUUGAAAACCAAAACUAACAAAAAUCUAAACGAAAAAACAUGGAAACAAUUAUUGGUAUACGUUGUAAAGAUUCGGUAAUUAUUGCAGCCGAUCGUGUUAAUGCUUUCAGUAUCAUAAUGGUCAAAAAUGAUAUGAAAAAAAUCUAUCAAUUGAAUGAUAAUCUUGUAAUGGCCGUAAAUGGUGAUCCAGGUGAUGCUGUACAAUUUGCCGAAUAUAUUAGUAAAAAUAUUCAAUUGUAUAAAAUGCGUCAUGGUUAUGAUCUAUCACCAUUGGCUUCGACCACAUUUGUUCAACGUAAUUUGGCCAAUUAUCUACGAUCACGAACACCGUAUCAGGUUAAUUUAAUGAUGGCCGGUUAUGAUAAAUUGAUUGAUAAACCACAUUUAUCAUAUAUGGAUUAUCUUGCUACUACUGUUGAAGUUCCAUAUGGUGCACAUGGUUAUGGUAGUUUUUUUGUAAUGGGCCUGUUGGAUCGUAUCUAUAAACCGGAUUGUACCGCUGAUGAAGCUAUUGAAAUGAUGAAAAAAUGUGUAGCUGAAAUACAACGUCGAUUAAUCAUUAAUCAACCGGCUUUUCAACUAUGUAAAAUCGAUCGUGAUGGUGUUAAACAUCUUGAUGAUAUUGAAAUUAAUCCGGCUACAAUUUUGAAUCCUGAAUUGAGACAAAAACAACAACAAUCAAAACCACAGCCUAUGAUUCAUUAAUUAUCAUAUUUUUUGUAAUAAUUUU